AUCGACACAUAGAGCCUCCCGCAGGCAGAUCCUCCACGUCAUUUAGAAGUUUUUAUAUUAUUUGAAACAAAAGCUGAAUCUAACAGAUGAAACCUUGUUCAUAAUCUGGAGCUGGUUGAGGUCAGUGGUUGGUGGAUGAUUUCCAGACGUGUUUAAUGACAGAAACGUCACUCAGCAGGACUCUCUGAUUCUUCAGAUGGAAGGUCUGUUCCUUCACUUCCUGCUCAGAACCAUCACCAGUUUGGUUUUCUGUCUCCUCCUGACUCACUGUUCUAGAGGUCAGUCUGAGUCAGUGGAUUCACUUCAACCAAUUAUAGCAAGAGUUGGUGAUGACGUUGUUCUACCGUGUCAAAUCAAACCUUCAGUGGACGUUUCUGAAGCAACGUUGGAGUGGAAGAGGUCGGAGCUCUACGUCCUGGUGUGGCGAAAUGGUGCAGACCUUACAAUGCAAAAAGAUCCGUCCUACAGAGGAAGAACAUCUCUGUUCCCUGAUCAACUGAAACAUGGAAACGUUUCCCUGAAACUCUCUAAUGUGAAGCUGUCUGAUAAAGGAACUUACAAAUGUUACGUUGUAGAGAUAAAUAGAGAGAUGUUUGUUGAGCUUGUUGUUGCAUCAGCUCCUGUCUCCUCACCCGUCAUCAGUUUAUCAGGGAUGGACAGAGACAUUCUACUGAUGGGAUGA